CCCAAUUUCAUUGCUUUCUUCUUCUUUGACAUAUCAGCUCUGCUUUUCCUGCUUCUUCUCGAGUCUUGUAUCGCUUGCGACAACUUCUCUUCAUCUCUAUACACUACCUUGAUCUCUCGCAUUUCAGGCUGGUCCUUCUGCAUCGUCAACCCUUUCAACCAACACUCACUCAUUCAAAUCUCCUCAAGAAUCAACAUAAUGCCUAUCCCAAGCUAUGGAGCUCUGCCUCUCAGCGAGACCUUCCUCUGCGUUAGAGGGUUGAGUCUGAUCGCGAUGAUUGGCAUUGUCGGACUGACUGCGAACUUCGUGGCUGUCAUCAACGGUAGUGGCAUCGAGCCUCCCAAGGAGAUUGUUGGUACUCUAAGUAUCACCUGCAUUGCUACCUUGUACACCUUGAUUAGCAUUCCUUUCUACAUGGCGCAAGCAAAUCUGGGCUUGUUUAUCAUGACGGCCAUCGACUCUCUUUUAUUGUUGGCAUUCAUCGUCGUCUCUGUUACUCUGGGUAAGCCGCUGAGCUUGCUGAACUGCUUUGCCAUCGCCGAAGUGGACGGCAAGAUUGAUGCGACUGGUGUUGCGUAUUGGCUGCAAAGCUUGGUACAGAACAUCAAGCAAGGUGGAAGUAUCGGCUUGUACGUCUGGGCUGGCACGACCAGAAUCAAUUGCCUUGAGACCAAGGCGAUCUGGGGCUUAUGCAUUGCGCUUUGUAUAUUGUUCUCGUGCUCAUGCAUUUUGCUGCCAACUUUGUGGUUCAAGAGCAAGAGAGCUGGUCUGCUGCCCAAGAAGAUCGAAGCGGCUUGA